AUGGCAACGCCUCAUCAUGAUGAGCCGUCAAAGGUGCCACUUCGUACACUAUUGCCACAACGCAGAGAUAUUGAGCAAACCAUUUUGAGAGAAACUAAAAUCUCACGUCAACAUCUUACACCAGAUAUAGCCCUACAUUUGAUCACACAAGAAUGUCGUUUGUUCUAUGAACCUCAACUGGAUGAAGAAAAUAAAGUCUUUAAGAAUGAUCCCUUCUGGGCAUUCUACUGGCCAGGUGGUCAGGCCCUGAGCAAAUAUGUUUUGGAAAGUCCGGAACUUGUAAAUGGCAAAUCUGUGCUAGAUGUGGGUAGUGGUUGCGGUGCAACAUCCAUUGCUGCCAUACUAAAGUCAGCCAAAUAUGCCAUAGCCAAUGAUAUUGAUGAAGUUGCUGGCAUUGCGGCCUUAAUGAACGCUCAACUAAAUCGAAUUGAUACAAGCAAAAUCCUGAUAUCCGAAGAUAAUUUAAUUGGCUCAAAUGUAGCCGAAGAUAUUGUCUUCAUUGGCGACCUUUUUUAUGAUGAAGAAAUUGCUGAAAUUCUCUUACCAUGGUUACAAAAGUUGAGCACCAAUGGCAAAAUUAUAUUAAUUGGAGAUCCUGGUCGCCAUGGUAUAACCGAAAAUCGUUUGAAAUUCAUGCAUAAACUUGCCACAUAUGAAUUAACGGAGAACUGUUGCAUAGAAAAUAAAGGUUUUAGCACUGUUCAUGUCUGGAGAUUUAAAUAGUAUAUGAAAAUAAAAUAUCAAAUGAC